GUCUCAAGGUUCUUCAAGACAUCAUGCACACUGUAUUACCGUCCACAGCCAGCUAGUUAUUGACGAUAACUAGUGGAAUGGAAAUUUAAGUUCUACAACGUAGAUGUAAGAGUGCUUACAGUUUUUCUCAGGCUACUUCUGAAGUUAAAAUACGAAGAAUCAGUAGGUGCAAAGCGAGGAUUACAAGAACUGAUAUCCAUGUCAUUGUCUGGAGAAGGGCUGCUUGUGCUGAGGUCCAUGAAGUCGUGAUAUCAGUAUCUAAAGCAUUGAAUUAGGCUCAGCUCAGCUAAAAAAAUCUGAAUACUUCAGCAGCCAGAUUAUCAAAUCAGGAUGACCGAGUCUGUCGUCUGCAGCGGCUUCUUGUAUGUGAAUAUGAAGGAAGCUGAUGUGCUUUUUAAAGAAGGAAACCUGUCACCAAACAUCAUAUUGAAAACCCUGGUGUUAUUGAAGCUCUCGCUCCGAGGAAAAAUUCCUUCCCUAAGCUGGAUGGAAUUCGAUGUCCAAAGAAAGGAAAGCCCGCUUUGUUCCUUCGGCACAUCUAAUUGGAUUCUUUACAUCAUGCUAUUUCGUUUCUCACCCUGAAAAUUGUAUACAAUGAGAAUUUUCCACUGGGUUACCUCAGAAUUAUAAGAAUCUAAGACUAUCGAAAGACCCACUUUGGUAACAGACAAGAGAAAGUUAGAAUGUUUGGCGAUCAAGUCAAGUAGCCAUCAAGUAGCCAUUGUGUGGUAAUCUUCAUUUGAGCAAUACGGAUUGCGGUGGUAUUUUAUAAUAAGUUCACGUGAUUGCCUAAAAG